AUGAAUGAUUUAAUGACAAAUGAACAAGUAACAUUUCAAUAUGCUAAUGAAUGUGAUUUAGAAAUACAUUGCUCACCAUUUGGGUUGAGUGGAUUAUAUAUAAAGAUUAACGGUACAAAUAUCAUGGGUAUUGGUUCAACAAUGGGUUUAAUAACCGGUAGUACAAAUGGUUUUAUACAUUAUAAUGAUAGUAAUGAUUUAAUUAAUCAAAAAUAUAAAUUAUAUGUUAUAGUAGAUAAUGAAGGAAUGUUGAGAAUUGAUUUUACUAAAAUAUUUAUGAAACAAGAUGAAAAUGGUAAUGAACAACCGAAUGAAAAUGAAGAUAUAAAAAAUAAGAAUGUGCUAAAUACUAAUUGUAAUGAAAAUAGUACUAAUAAUGGAGAAGAAGAUGAUAUAAAUAUACCAACUUUAAUAUUUAGAGGUAAAUGUCCAGAAGGUAGACCAGAUGAUUUAGAACCAUUUAUUGGAAUAUUCUCAUUUGAACGAGAAACGAUAUAA